AUGGUCGAUGCUAAAACAGUUCAGUCUGUUGACGAUAGAAAACAAGCUAUUUGCCUAGCGUCUCCCAACACUUUUGUCUUUGAAGAUUCAACAUUUGAAUACUCCGUUUUUAAACCUUCAAAACGCUUUCUGAGAGACUUUGAUACCAUAUUCCCUUCUCUAACUAGUAAACAAAGAAAGGAAUUGCUCGUUAUACCAGUAAUACAAAAAUGUCAAUAUGAUAUGGUGGGCUUAACUGCAGAAGUGAAUCAUGAAAGAGAUAUUAAGCUAGAAUUAUUUGUGAAAUGGGGAAGAGCCAUUGUGCAAAGAAUCUUGUCAAUUGGUAUGUGGGCAGAUAUAAUGGACCCAGCCUCUGGUUUUCCGAUUUUCAGUGAGGCAGGACCAAGUCCAUAUCCUGACGUUCAAGGAACACAAAUGCUGUCAAACCGAUUCUAUGUUCAAAACAUUGGAUGUUGCCAUAUUCUAUUCCAUCCUACGUGGCACAGUCAUAUAUAUCCAUCUACAUUUUUCACGAAUGCGCCUGUAGAUAUUCUUUUGAAAGUUAUCGCUGAAGUGAAUGCUAAAUUAUCGUAA